AUGUCAUCCAGUGUAUUGAACAACAAUGAAAACGGCAACGACCGAAUUGAUAAUGAUACAAUUGAUGAUGAUAAAAUAAAUUUGAAUAAAAUACGAAUUUUAUAUGCAUCACAAACUGGCCAAGCGGAAAGUAUUUCACAGCUCAUUUAUGAUCAAUUAUGUGAUUCAAUUAAUCAAUCGAUAUUGUUUCCAAGUGGCCAGAUUUUGAUUUAUAAUAACAACAAAAAAUCAUCAUCAUCAAAUUCUUGUUCUGUGUGUCAUACUAAUAAUAAAAAAAAUUUAUUAAUUAUUGUCGCAUCGACCACUGGACAAGGUGAUCCACCCGAUAAGGCAACAAAAUUCUUUCGAUGGCUACGACGUUUAAAACGAGAAAACAAGCAAACAGAAUUCAAACAUUUAACAUAUGCAUUGUUGGGCCUUGGCGAUACAAACUACGAUAAUUUUGCCAAUUUUUCUAAACAAUUGAACAAAUUUUUCAAAGAAUUAGGAGCAAUACCAUAUAUUGAACCAGCUUUCGCUGAUGAUGCAGUCGGAUUGGAAUUAGUCACUGAGCCAUUCAUUGAAAAUUUGAUUGCCACAAUUGUGCAACAUUUGGAGAAAUCAAUUGUGGCGAAAAACCCUUGUUGUUGCCAUUUAAACGAUACAAAUAACGACAAUCUACAUAGUAAAUGUGAAAAGGAUCAUCAUUCUGAAUCAUUGAUGAUUAACUCAACAGAUGCAAUAGACAACAACAUCAUAAUCGAAUCAGUUACUGUCGUGAACGAAUCCAACAAAAAUAUUAAUUCAACUACAUCGGUGGACAAUUCAUUUAUCAAUGUUAGUGAUAUUGAAAAAGCAAUCAACAUUAAUACAGAUAUAAUGAACAUAAAUCGGCCAGUAGUAUCAUCAUGUAUAUCAUUGACCAGUUCUGACAAAUGUAACCUUAGUGAUAUUUGCCGACAAUUGGUCGAACCAUCUGCUCAAUUGGAAUCGAUUGUCGAUAUUGAACAAUUGAAUCUUCCAAAAAUUCCACUAUCAUCAUCAUCAUCAUCAAAGGAAGGUAAACCGUAUAGUAGUUUUAUUUAUAGUCAAAAAAAUCUUGGACAACUUCCAUUCUAUUCUUAUGAUAAAACAUCAACAAUUUCUAUGAAAAAUUUUCUCACUAAUAAACUCAAUAAUGCGGAUAGCACUUUGAAUAUUGGACAGGUUAGCCUGUCGAAAAUUCUUUUUAAUGAUAAUUUACCGUCGACAACUUGUUGCCAUCGACGAAAAACUCUACUUGAAUGUGAUGUUGAAUAUGAAUUAUUCGAACCAUAUAAACAGAAUGAUUGGUUUGUACCUGGUGAUUCAUUCGGAUUCUAUAGUGCAAAUUUAUUGAUUGAUGUAUAUCAAGUGAUACGAUCAAUUAAAGUUAAAUGUUCUGUUUAUGGUGAUAAUGAUGAUGAUGAUGAUGAUGAUUCGAUUCUGCUUUGGGAUUAUUUUAAGAGUAAUAGAAAACAAGUUUUUGUCGUAUUGAAUGAUCAGAAUACUAUUGUUGAAUUAUUACCAUAUCUAUUUUAUGGUGUUGAUCUUCGUACGAUACCAAAAAAAGCUACAUUAUGCCAUCUGGCUCAAUAUACAACCGAUGAACAACAAAGGCGACGAUUAUUAGAGUUGAGUAGUAGACAAGGAAAUCUUGAAUAUCAAAAAUUGAUACUUGGCCAAAGCAUUACUAUUUGUGAUAUAUUACGUUUAUUUGACACUUGUCAUCCACCUAUUGAUGUACUUUUUGCUCAUUUAAUCACGGCAAAGCCUCGUUAUUUUAGUGCAUCAAAUGUGCCACGAAUUAUACAACGAAAUCUUGAUUCUAGUCGUAAUAAUAACCAUGAUGAUGAUGGUGAUAAUAAUGAUGAUGAUAAUCCAUCUUCAACAUUGAUUGAUCCAUUUUAUAAAUGUAAAUUUAAAAUCAUGUUUUCCGUUUCUACCAAUUUUUCUCAUACAUUUAUGCGAACAUCUGAAAAUUUACUAGGCUUGUUUUCUGGAAAAUUUUUCCGUCAUUACGAUUUUUUACCUAAAAAUUUUCAAGUCAAUAUAACGUGUUCAAAUGUUUGGAAAACAAUCGAAUUAAUACACGAAAAUGUUUUAAAUGGCAAUAUAUUCGAUAAUCAAGAUGUUACAUUAUAUCAAUCUAUGUCAUUUCCUGUUUAUUUAUUUCAAAGACCCAAUAAAACAUUUCGUAUGAUACCACGUGAAUUAUCAUUGAAAAGACCAUUGAUUUUAAUAGCUACCGGUACUGGUGUAACACCAUUCAUGGCCUAUCUCGAAUUAUUAAAAGAUAUUUUAUCUGUGAUAAAAAAGAAAACAAUGUCAAUAUUAAUGAAUAAUCAUCAUGAUCAUGAUAAUGAUCACUUAACCGAUAAAUUGAUCACUAUUAAAGAUAAUUCACGAUUAUUACAUGAAACUUUUUUCAUAUUUGGUUGCCGCCAUCCUUAUCAAGAUUUUGCUUAUUCUGAUCAUAUAAUUUCAUUGUAUAAAGAUCAACCAUCAAUAAUAAAUCAUCUAUGUCUAUGUUUUAGUCGAGCAAAUUGUUUGGAUUUAUUGAAAUUUGAAAUUGAAUCUCAAAUUAAUCUUUGUUGUAUGGCAAAAAUAAAUAAUGAUAAUGAUAAUGAGAAGAAUAUUGUUUCAACACAAUCAAGUUCAACAAGUGUUGAACAACAUUACAAUAACUACUAUAAUGGACAAGAGCAACAACAAAAAUUGCAAAAUGAAACUGAUUCACAGCCAAAUAUUAUUAAACAUGUUGAUGAAUUAAUACGAAUACAUGGUGAAGAAUUGACAGAUUUGAUUAUUAAUCAUGAUGCCAUUAUUUAUAUUUGUGGUAAUUGGAAAUUGAUCACACAAGAUAUUAAACAAGCAUUCUGUGACAUUCUUAAUCGAUAUCAUUUUGAUUUAAAUGUAAAUCAAAUUGGCAAAGAUGAUGAUAAAUUAUCCAAUAAUUAUUCAUCAAAAACAAUGAAACAAACAAAUGAAGCAAUGAAAUAUUUAAAACAAUUACAACAGAAUGGACGAUUCGUACAGGAUAUAUGGACCUGAAUAAGGUGAAUUUUCAUGGCUAAGAAUAAGUUAUAGUUAUCUUGAAAAAAAUCUUAUGUUCUCCGAUAAUCUAAAAAAAAUUGAAUGGCCUUGAUCACAAUAGUAAUGAUAUUAAACAUAUUUUUUUCUAUAUAUCAUUCUGUUUCAUUGCAACAAUGAAUUUCAAUGAAAAAAAAAAAUAAAUACAAUAUCGUAAUCGAUUGUUAUUGUCGCUGAUUACCGUUGUUUAUAAAUGAUUCGAAUAAAAUUUGAAUUGAAUAAUUUGAUCGAAAA